AUGCGCCGGAUUCUGCUGGACCGGGGCCUGGAUCUCCGGCUCUAUGGGACAGGCGCCCUGUGCGUGGCGAUUUGGGCGGGUCAUCUUGAUGUGGUGCAGAUGCUGCUGGAUCACGGCGCUUCGACGAGGCUGGGGUGUCUCUGGGAGACGACGGAUCGCAGCCCCAACAUGGAUGGAUAUACCCCGGUGGGGUUUGCGGUCAAGUGGAAGCGGCUGGAGAUCCUGCGUCUGUUGCUGGACAGGGGGGCUCACGCGGACCGGGCGGACUUGGAGAUGGCAAGGGAGCAGGGGUUCGAGGAGGCGGUGGACCUGCUUUUGGGGUUCGAGGACUCUGCCCCGCAACCUUUGGUUACUGUUUUUGAGGAGGCCGGCGGCCUGUUGUUCGACACUCCGGUCGAGUUGCUGGAGCCAGGGCUUGUGGUACCCGAACGUGUUGAGCUUCUUGUGUUGGAUGUGCCGGGGGGCGUGGCCGAUGCUUCUCAAAUCUGGGAGGGGAUGCUCAGGUAUGUACUCCGACCUGUGGAGGAGGGGGCCUCGUCCGACGAAAGGUAG